AUGAGCUACCGACGGGUAAACGAAGUUAGACUGAACAGUUUAAUACCACACAUGAAGCAAUCCAAGCCGGUUUGCCAGGAUCCGCAUCUGAGGCCUAGCAUGAACAGCAGCCUGAUUGCCGUCAGCAUUGGAGGCAGUGCUUCGAAGCCCGGUUUGACCAACUCUGCAGGGCCUUCUGGACGCGACUACAUCGCAACCCUUCCUCUCAAACCCUGCAUGAAAAGCAGGGGCACUCACCAGAGGCUGCACGUCAGAUCCACUCUGAGCACGGGAUCCAUACAGAGGUACGCUCGCUUCCCCGCCCAAACACCCGGAGGGCUCCCCGCGAGCCCCAGGGCUCCAAAACCCAGGCACACGCUGGGCAAGGCACGGCCACAUGGCCACCCACAAAGCGACGUUACUCAAAGCUGA